CCAAAAUGGGUAAACCUAUAGUUUGCCUAAUUUUGUUACUUGCAUCUCUCCACACAGUUGUCUCAAAAGUGUUGCCGAUAAAUGAAGAAGACCAACUUCUGUACGAGAAAUUCGCGCGACAUGGUGUUGAAAAAUUCAAUCAGCAAUCGAAUGAUGCCUACAAAUGGGAACUCGAUAGAACAUGGGAGGUUGAAAGAAAACUGUCCGGUGGAAUACAUUAUUCAAUUUUUGUCACAUUGGUCAAAACCGAUUGUAAGAAGGGUCAGACGGACGUUGAGGGGAAGAAGUGUCGGAAGACGGAUACACUCAAGAAGUGUCAAGUUGAAAUCAGUCGCCGUGUAAAAAGACAUGGUUAUGGUCUGAAAGACAUCGUGCACAUCAGAAAUUGUGAGGAAGAGUUUACAAGGAACAUUGAUAAGUUCGAUCACCGCAAAAUCCAACUGACUCACGACGACUCCAUCACUGUUCAGGAACUCCGAAAGGCAAAGAUCAUCCGUCCAAGAGACUAUGUCAUUUGGAAUUCUUUUCUUGAUUUUGUUGAUAGACACGAGAAGAAGUACACUAACAAAAGAGAAGUUCUAAAAAGAUUCCGAGUUUUCAAGAAAAACGCAAAAGUUAUCAGAGAACUUCAGAAAAAUGAGCAAGGAACCGCUGUCUAUGGAUUCACAAAGUUUUCUGACAUGACAACAAUGGAAUUCAAGAAAAUAAUGCUUCCAUAUCAAUGGGAACAACCAGUAUAUCCAAUGGAACAAGCCAAUUUCGAGAAACAUGAUGUCACAAUUAAUGAAGAAGAUCUUCCAGAAUCAUUUGAUUGGAGAGAAAAAGGAGCAGUUACUCAAGUAAAGAAUCAAGGAAACUGUGGAAGUUGUUGGGCAUUCUCAACGACAGGAAAUGUGGAAGGAGCAUGGUUCAUUGCCAAGAACAAGCUUGUAUCACUUUCAGAACAAGAACUUGUGGAUUGUGAUAGUAUGGAUCAGGGAUGUAAUGGAGGAUUGCCAAGUAAUGCAUACAAAGAGAUCAUCCGUAUGGGUGGCUUGGAGCCAGAAGAUGCAUAUCCAUAUGAUGGAAGAGGUGAAACAUGUCAUUUGGUGAGAAAGGACAUUGCUGUGUAUAUCAACGGAUCAGUUGAGCUGCCACACGAUGAAGUUGAAAUGCAAAAGUGGCUUGUCACCAAGGGACCAAUUUCUAUCGGUCUCAACGCAAACACUCUCCAAUUCUACCGUCACGGUGUUGUCCAUCCAUUCAAAAUCUUCUGCGAGCCAUUUAUGCUUAACCAUGGUGUUUUGAUUGUUGGAUACGGAAAAGAUGGUCGCAAGCCAUAUUGGAUUGUCAAGAACUCUUGGGGACCAAAUUGGGGAGAAGCCGGAUACUUCAAAUUGUACAGAGGAAAGAAUGUGUGUGGAGUGCAGGAAAUGGCCACGUCUGCACUUGUUAACUGAUUAAAUAAUCAUAUUCGAAAUUGUCUUGUUUGUCAAACGUGUGUUCUUUUCAUGUACUUAAUUGUUUAAUUUUCCGAUUUGUUUUCAAAUUGUCUUUAAUAAAGUUUGUAUGUACUUAG